AUGAACCUUCAACGUUCUCGUUCAUCUACCCUCUAUCAGAUAGACAAUAUGGACUCUACACCACGUCUUGAGACUCCCGAUGCAAAUGCAGCCAGAAGAGAGAGCCUCGAGGCAUCUGCGCAUACAAGGUCUUUGAGCGAUAGCUCUGAGAUUGGCCGAAACCAAGAAGGAACUCCAAGCUCCAUCUUCCUGCCUCGACCAGCAUACCAGCGCCCUGAGUCGUACGGGCAAAAGUCACCGACCAACUGCACCCACUGUGGCAGCAUUGCUCCACGUUUUGGGUCAACUACAAUCUAUGGCACACCAUUGAAACAUACUCCUGCUACAAGUACAGAGUUUCUAGACAAGUUCUCAAACUGCUACUCUUCUAGAGCGACAAGCUUCAUCCAAGCGCCCCAGGAGAAACAGCCAGAGAUUGCAGCAGAGCCUCUCUGUCUAGUCGAGAGAGUUCAUGGCACAGAUGACAUUGACCAUCUGCCAUCAUGGAAGCGACGCGUCAACAAAUUCACCCCAAUUUUUUCCAUUGCAGCUGUCGCUGCCUACUGGAUCUACUUUGUAUUCAGAAUCAAGUAUACUCUGGCGGCUCAGGAGAAGUACCACAAGGUCUUCGGUAUGGCCUGGACCUUCAUCUCCGUUGAGCUUGGUGUAGCCCUGCCUACCGUGUUCCACCAGUUCUGGCAGGUCUUUCUCAUCAAAGGUCGAUCACGCGAGAAGCUUCGAAUUGUUGGAGAUACCACACCCACUGUGGACGUAUUCAUCACGUGUUGCAAAGAAGAAGUCGCAAUCAUAACUGAUACAGUCCGUGCAGCAGCAGCGGUCGACUGGCCUUCUGACCGGUUUCGAGUCAUCAUUCUUGAUGAUGGCGCUGAUCAGGAACUCAAACGUGCGAUUGAGGAGAUUUCACAGUUGUACUCCAACGUCUAUUACACUGCCCGUCAAAAGGUCAAGGGUGUUCCACAUCACUUCAAAGCGGGAAACUUGAACCACGGUUUGGAGUUUGUCAAGGAGCUCCCAGGGGGUCCCUCAGCAUACAUUGCCGCACUCGACGCUGACAUGAUACCGGAGCCGGAAUGGCUCAGAGCUGUUCUCGCUCACUUGGUCAUUGAACCCCAGCUCGCCCUCUCCUGCCCACCUCAGUUGUUCUACAACCUUCCCAGAAACGACCCUUUGCUCCAAAGUCUCGACUCAUUCGUUCACAUCUCCGAACCAGUGAAAGACGCAGCUGGCGUGGCAUGGUGCACGGGAUCAGGUUAUGCAAUCCGCCGGCUUGCCUUGGAUGGAAUUGGUGGAUUUCCCACCGGCUCACUAGCUGAAGAUGUUUGCUGCUCGAGUGUUCUUCUUGGGGCUGGAUGGAAAACUGCAUACGUCCAUGAGCCAUUGCAAUAUGGAACAGUGCCCGAGUCUUUUGGUGGCCAUAUCAAACAACGUACCCGCUGGACCAUUGGCACAGUUCAAACCGCCUUGAAGCUGAACUUUUGCAUUUGGGGACCGCUGGUUACGCACAUGUCGCUGUUCCAGCGCCUUUCAGGUUUUGUCUAUACCAUUUCUGCGUUGUUCACAAUCUUUCUUACGGCUUCGCUACUCACGAUGCCAAUUGUGCUGGUAUCGGGCGGCACUUUGAUCGCGUAUGCCACCAACGACCAAUUACGCCUGCUCGCGAGGCUAUGCUCGGUUGCAUUGCUCACAAAUCGACUCAAUGAGUGGGUGAUGACGCUCCCUGCUGGUUAUCGACUUGGACAGCGCGAUGCAGGCGCCACGUUGUGGAUGGCUCCAUACCAUGCCAUAACGAUUGUCCGAUCAUUCCUCCUACCGAGUUUCCUCGGUGGCAAGGCCGCCGCCUUCUCCUCAUCGGGUUCUCAAAAGAACGAGCUCAACGAGCGGGAUCCCGUCCAUCGUGCGGGUCUUUGGCGUCGCCUACGUGUCAUAAUUUUCGGCUCCGGAGUUUACAUCCAUGUCAUCUACAUACUCUUCUGCAUUGCUGCGGUCACGGCAUCUACAGCCCGCGGCAUCAUCAUCAACAGAAAUUCGGUUCUACAGACUCUUUUGUACAUGAUGACACAUGCAUGUUGGCCACCACUACUUUGGCUCAUUGCACUCAAUGCCUAUUGGGCGCCGAUCCACUACGCCAUCUGGCCUCCGAACAUGCCUGAUCGCGAGGAUUUGCUACAAAGAGACCCGCAGACUGGUAUCGCCUAUCCGAAAGAAAGCUCGAAGAAGUUGGAGUGGGAGAAGAGCAAUGUGCUACACGAGAUGCAGUAUUUCUUGUUGACUGCAUACACCAUUGUGCUUUUUGUCGGCUCCUUCUUUUACUAA